CAAGAUCCUGCAAGCAAACAAAAGAAGGGAAAAAAAAAUAGAGUGUGUCGCCUUAGCCUUACAGCAGCACGGCAUUAGCAUCAGCUUCAGCAUUUUAUCUGCUUUUAGUCCUUUGUUUCUUUAUAUUCCCUUUUUUUUGUGUGUGUAUUUUCGCAUUGAUAUGCUGCAUCUACUUUUUUAGAACCUUCCUUCAUUCUUCGUUUCUACUUUUACGGACGCUCCACUUGAAUCAGCCCUCCCAGAUUACAUGUGCUAUGCAUACGCUUUGACGGCCCGUGUCUGACGCCAGUUCCCUUUUCUGUCACGGCCAGGCCAGGAUCUGGUCGCGUUAACAGGGCAAUUGUCUCCUAUUCAACAAACAAAGAAAACCAGGAUUUGUUUUCCCAGCCUCUGGUCCAUCAUCUUUGACGGAUUGGAGCUUCCAUUGGUUUUUGAUACAGAAAUACAGAUUCGCCUGUCCAAGCCAUGUAUCUCCCGCGCUCCCUGAUAUCGAAGCUCUACUCGCAUCUGCAAAACACUCGCCAUCCUCUCUCUCCACCAGUAUUGAUUCUCGUCGCCCUUGAGCCGGACGCUCUUUGCGCAUGCCGAAUACUCACCCGUCUUCUCAAACAUGACUAUAUUCCACACAAGAUCCAGCCUGUCGCGGGAUACAAUGACCUGGAAAAGGCUGGCAGGGAACUUGUUGUCCCGAUGAUGGAGUCACAAGGUGGUAGUGGGGGGGUUGUCGUUUGCUUGGGCGUUGGAGGCAUGGUUGACCUUGGACCGCUGCUAGGCCUGGAACCUGAAGGCGAAGAAUCUCCCUACAGCGGCGUCGAGGUCUGGGUUCUCGAUGCUCAUCGACCUUGGAAUCUGGCCAACGUUUUUGGCGGCUUCCCACUCGAGCCUGUCAACCAAGUAUCAAGCUCAUACAAGUCGAGGAGUCCAAUUGGAGUCUCAGGAGGAGCGAUCGAUCGGGCAUACAACUCGGGCCGGGGCGGAAUCGUGGUGUUUGAUGAUGGCGACAUCGAAGGCGACCUCAUGACGGAACGCGAUGCAUAUCUUGCGCUCCUAGAUAUGCCAGACAUUGAGGGACAGGACAACGAUGACGACGAUAACUCCAGCGAGGAUGACGAUGAGGAGGAUGACGGUGAUUCUGGCCACGAGUCUGCUCAAACGGGGCAAAAGAGGAAGAGCCUAAAUGAAGAUGACUCCAGCGACGACGAGGAUUCGCGGCCUCGCCAGCGGCGAAGAAGCAAUUCCUCGAGUUCGAUAGUCGGUUCUCCUACCCGACCGGAGCCAAGGGGCUUGCUAUCCAUCCGAAAUCCUGGUUCCAUACUGUCAAGCGAUCCCAUCGAACCUCCGUCAGGUGCCCAGCCAUUGCCGGCCGCUUCCGCUCGAACACUGAGAAAACGCCUUCUACGAAUGCGACGUGAAAAUGAGACCGUUCUACACCAAUACUACAAGAUGGGUUCGUCUUUUGCCGAGCCCAUCUCAUCGAUGAUGUACUCUUUAGCCUCCGAAUUAGGUCGCGAUGACAAUGACCUCCUUUGGUUGGCAAUAGUGGGCGUUACAUCUAUGGAGUUGUAUGGAAGGUCGUCAGCAGGCGUUGCUGCACCUAUCCGGUCUGGAGGUUCUGGGAAGCCAUCAGGGUGGUUUGGUGUCCGAGGUGCUCGUCUACGGCAACUCUUGCGAGAUGAAGUCAGGAGAUUGAACCCACCAGAAGUAGCAAACGGGAAAGUUGUCCCUGAAAACAACGGCAUUAUACCGACUACGGCGAGAAAUCCUGAAGAUACGGGGAUUCGUCUCUCGCCCGAGCCAAAGUUUCUCCUAAUUCGACAUUGGAGCCUCUACGAUAGCAUGCUACACUCGCCAUAUCUAUUCUCUAGGCUGAAAACUUGGAGCGAAUCGGGUAUCAAACGACUCCACAAGCUUCUCGCCAAAAUGGGAGUCAGCCUGGCGCAAUGCAAGCAGAGUUACACGCACAUGGACAUGGUGCUGAAGCGCGAGCUCAGAGCGAAGCUUUUAAAAUACGGAUCCCUUUACAACCUCGACGAGAUGGUUCCUUCUGUCGACACUGACGGCAAAGAUCGAGCGGGAGCCAAGGAUGGGUGGGGUUUUGUCCGAAGUUGGGGCUGGCGUGCAACUCUCAGUGCCCAGGACGUUGGUGUCGUGAUUGGUGCGCUAUUGGAAGUAGGCAAACAUGUCCAGGCUCUAGAAGCGACAAAUCCAGGGCCAAGCCAGGUAACUCGGGAGAUGGAGGACGAGUCAGAACUAGCUGCCCAGGGCGAGGAAUGGAUUAGCCGCUUCUGGGAAGCUUAUGACGCGUUGGAAGAUAUUGACGCGCUGAAAGCUGGAUUACCAACCGCACAAUUCCUACACCGUGCAAUCUACCGAACAGGAACAUCUCUAAUCAACAAGAAGCAAAUCAAGCAUCUUCGGGCGUUCCGUAUGUGCGUUGUCAAGGAUGGCCCGGACGUGGCUCUCUUUACCCACCCAGCGGCGUUGACAAAACUCGCCCUCUGGAUUGGAGAGGCGUUGGCCGAACAAGAAAAAGAAUCACAAGGAAAACUAUCUCACGGAGGUCGUGGAACACCCUUGGUGGUGGCAAGCUUAAACGAGAAGCGAGGUGUCUACAUUGUCGUUGGCACAGGCGGCGGUGGUGGUCCGGAUACCGUGUUUAUGAAUAGAGCAACCAAGCAGGAGAGGCAGGCAAACAAGGACGCCAAGGCAAAAAAGAAAGAGGAGGCACGAAAAGCGAAAGAAAAGAUCAAAGAAGAAAAGCGCGCGGCCCGAAGGGCUGCCGAUCAGGGCAACGAUGAUAACGGUGACGAUGACGACGAGCUGGAGACGGAGUCCGAGGGGUCAGAAUCCUCGGAAUCGGAAGACGACUCGGAUGAUGAGGAUGCGGAGAAUGACCGGGGCUACGGCCUGAACAAGUUUGGAAACGCUUUCCAGGAGGUCGUCUCUGAGACGAGUGCGCGUGUGCGAAUCGACAGCUUUGAGCACUCUGUUGUGGAAGUCAAGAAGGAAGACUUGGGGGGCUUUCUUGAGAGUCUGAGUAUGAAGGCUGUAGUGGGUUGAUUUUGGGAGUUUCAAUUACCACCGGUCCGGUCUAUAAAACACGACAUGAAUAACGACUAUGGUCCUUUUUCCCUCCUCUCUACCUGAUCAAACAGCCGAAAAUUAGCCAGGAGGGAGGAACAUGUAGGUGAAUUUUGUUUAUACUGUGAAAAUUUCUUUAUCUUACUAUAUUUUAUUGCAUUUUUUUUUUCUCUUUCCCUUUUGGUGUUAUCGGAGAGCGGGAAAGGAUAUUGAACGGACAUGAGCUUGAAUGGAUGAAUGGCUGGCUGGGAUGGCAUAGUGGGAGUUUAUGAAAUGGCGGCUGUCGGAGUGAGAAAUAUGGAGAUUGAAGACAUUUCUUCUUUUGACACGAAUGACCUUGCCCCUGUGAUUUGCAUAUAUUGAUUUAUCUCCUUGUAUUAAUUCAUUUGUUGGCCCUGAUCCUUUUCUUUUGUUGGUUCAUACCUC